GUUCAUCUUUGUCAAGCUAGGAGCGAGUGACAGGUACCUCUCAGGCGGCAUGGAGGCAAUGUUCCCCAACGGCUCCGUCAAGAGGGUGGGGCCUGCGACGGUCAGAGUGGCGGUGGUGUCCAGGUACCGGGAGUGCCUCAGGAACCACGCGAUGUUCACGGGCGGGCACGCCAUCGACGGCUGCGGGGCUUACUUGCCGUCGCUGGAGCUCAACCCCGACCCGGCCACGUUCAUGUGCGUCGCCUGCGGCUGCCACCGCAACUUCCACCGCCAGGAGAUGGUGGUGGAGCCGUCGCCGCCGCCGCCGCCUCCGUCGCCGGCGCAGCACCAGGUGGCGCUGCUUCCGGCGCCGCCUAUGGCGACGAGCAUUGUGCUCCACGGCCUGCCGCAGCGCGAGGAGCACAAGCCGGAGGACCGGCUCCCGGCGGCCGACUCUCAGUCCGACUCCGACGGCUCCGAGUACGUCGACGGGAGGUCCGUCUCGCCGCCGCAGCUGCAGCAGGCUCCUCCAGCGCACCUCCCGGCGCCGGUGGCGCCGCAGCCUCCGGCGUACUUCUCCCCGCCGCCGCAGCCGAACAUGCUGCUCUCGCUGAACGCCACUGCGCCGCCCGGGGCCGCGCAGAGCCAGAGUCCGCUUCCCGUCCAGGACUCGCCUGCGAUGGCACCGCCGGCCCCGGCCCACGUGGGGGGCGCACCGAGGAGGAAGCGGUCCCGGACCAUGUUCACCGCGGAGCAGAAGCACCGGAUGAAGGAGCUGUCGGAGCGGCUCGGUUGGCGGCAGCAGAAGCGCGACGAGGCCACCAUGGACGAGUGGUGCCGCGACAUCGGCGUGAGCAAGGGCGUCUUCAAGGUGUGGAUGCACAACAACAAGCGCAACUACGUGGGCGGCAACAGCGCCCGCCGUCGCGCCUUAGCCACCGCAGCCUCUUCAGCCGCCACCACCCCCGCCGCCGGACCAAUACAAAUCGCCCCCACCACAGCCGCAUCACCGCCACCAGCACCAUUCAUCCCCUCUGUCACGCACAGCUCCCCAGCCCCCACCGCUACCGGCUUCAACAUGAACGGCACCGCCACCCCCGCCUUCACCGCCGCCACCAAGUAAACUGAACCUCGUCGCCGCAGCCCGCCUAAUAAUAAACUACUACAUGCAGAGAAAUAAGGGGGAGAGAAAGAAGAAAAAACAAUUAGCUUCUACCGCUCAUUCCAUUUCGUUCCUUUGCGGAGUAAUUUAUCUUACUAGUUUAUGUUACUAUUUUCAUAAUGGGUAGUACUUUAUAU